CAGCACGCCAGGCCAGCCCCUCUUCCCUGGCUCGAGCGUGUUGCCGCUUGCUGCUGACCUAUCACAGAUGAUGCGCACCUUCUGCGCUGGCGUCGUCGCCGGCGUCUCGCUCAGCUGGCUCUAUCCACGGCUCCUUCGCCAGCUAAGCUUUGUGACGAGGCUCGUACGUGUGCGUGUCAGCUCGCGCGCCGCUCCGUCAUUCUCGAUAGAGCGAUGCCUCUCGCGGGUCGCCCGUGCCAAGCGGCCUGCGCUACUGCGAGAGCUCCUGCCGCUGCUCAAGCUCGACAGGAUGGUGCCGAUGGCAGGCGGCACGCCGCACCCCUCCACCUUCCCCGUCCGGGCAUACCAGCUCGAGCUCGCCGACGGCGGCGUCGUCCGCAUCGACGAGCCACAGCUCGUCGCCAAGGCGCAGCAGUACAUGCACGAUGUGACUCCGGGCGUGGGCACCGUCGGCUACCUGCCGCUCCUCGAGUGGGUGCGAGGACACAUCGCAGAGCAGCACGCGCCGCCUUACCAGGGGUGGGAGUGCUGCGUGUGCACCGGCAACGCAGACGGCUUCCAGCGCGCGUGGGAGGCGCUGCUCGAUCCAGGCGACGGUGGGCGUGGCGCCGGCUGGGCGUCCGGCCGCCCAAGGCGCUCUUCACCAUCCCAUCCUUCCACAACCCGACCACCGCAAGCGCGAGCCUCGCCGCGCUGCGGGCGGUGUACGCGGCUUGCGCGGCGCACGGCGUGGUCAUCAUCGAGGACGACCCAUACCGCAUGCUCGCCUUUGGCGGAGAGGAUCCCCUCGCCGCCGAGGACGCCGGCGCGGCGCUCCCCGGCACGGAGCGGGCUGGACUGCCCCCCUCCUUCCUGUCGGUGGACACCGACGGGCGAGUCGUGCGCUGCGACACCUUCUCAAAGUGGGUCUCGCCCGGCCUUCGCUGCGGCUUCGUCACCGCUCCGCGGCCGCUCAUCGUCAAGCUCGCGCAGGGCGCCGGCCCCUCGCUCGGCGUCUCCUCGCCCGUGCAGGUCUUCCUCGUCGAGAUGCUGCGGCGGUGGGGCCCCGCCGGGCUCCACCGGCAUGCGGCCUACCGCCGCCGCUGCGCGGUCGCGCUGACGGCGGCGGCCGAGCACUUGUCCGGCCUGGCGCGGUGGGAGGCGCCGCGCGGAGGCACGCUCCUUGGCGCGGGCUGCAUGUUCCUCUGGCUCGAGCUGCUCGGCGUGCGCAGCUCGGCCGACCUCCUCGACGAGAUGACGCGCGAGCGCGUGUGCGUCGUCCCGGGCGCCUUCUUCUCGGCUCACGAGACGCCGCCCGACACGCCGUUCGUGCGCGUCUCGUUC